AUGCCACCAAAACGAACAGCAGCUAAUGCGGCAAUUGGUGGUGGUCGAAAAGAAAGUACAUCAUCUAAAACACCAAUAUAUGUUGUUAAAGAAAAAAAAACAUUACAAGAUACAUUUAUUAAAGUUAAUCAUUUAGAUCAUUUAGGUGUACCACAAUUAAUUAGUCAUGACAUGCAUAUAAGUUUAACAACAAAAUAUCAUUAUCGUUUUUUAAUUAUUCCAUAUUAUAAACAAACACUUGCUAAUGAACUUCAAUUAACAAAUAAUCAUAUAGAUCAUUAUCUUGAUGAAAACCGUGUACAAUCAAUAGGUAAACAAAUACUUGAUAUAUUUGAAUAUAUAAGUGAAUUGCAACUUUUUGAUCAAUUAAAUAGAGAAAAUAAUGAAUUACGUCAACAAAUUAAAAAUAAUCAACAAGAAAACGAAAUUAAACUAAAUCAAUUAAAACAAGAAUUUGACGAAAAACGUCAAACAAAUUUACAAUCACAAUGUGAAUUUAUUCAACGUGUAAGUCUACUUUAUUAA